GGAAUUCACAUAUAUACUUAAAUCACUUAUGAAAUAUGUAAACAUAUCUCUCUGUAUACAUAAACAUAUAUUUGUAUUAUGACAUCAAUCUCAAAAUCAAUAUUGGCAUAAUCCAAGUAUUACGGGAAUCUUAAGUAUUAUCACUCAUUAUGCCUUUGCAAUUUGGCAAAUCCGAGCUAUUUCUAAUCUGAUUAUAAUUUUUAAUCGAACCGCUUAUUUUCAGUUAAACAUUACUCAAUUUCUCUGGAAGUAUCAAGAAUAGAACACAGUCAUAACAUUGAUUGUAAGUGUCAAUGGGAAAUAUAACUUUGUAUCAAUUACUGGUGCUUUGGAAAUUCACAAUUGGCAUUUUGCCAAAAUCCCAUGAAAAUAACAGCAACUAACUGUUCAGUUAUCAAAGGAAUCCAGAAUGUACUACACGACUUGGAUAUACAAUUUACAUAAUCAGAAAAAAACAUUUUGUGUUUGGUAAUUUGAUACUGUUUUGUCAUUUGAAUCGUGUUCUGAACAAAAUUGUGUGAGAACUAUCACACUAAUACAAAAAUAUGUUUGCAUACAAUUCAAAGAGGUUUUUUUUCAAAUAUGGUUUAUUUCACAUUUGAAAGUGUAAUAAAACAGGGUAAAAACCACGUUUUCUUCCCUGUGGAAGGGAGGUAACUGCCACAUCUCCAAGCAAGCUGUCUUGUACAUAUACUGUUCCUAAAGCACAAAGUUUGCUUUGAAGGCAUUCUGGUAGCAAUUGCAGCCUAGAAAUUGCGCCGUCCUAUCCCGACAAGAAGAACUCUACCGUUACAAAACAUGAUUAUAGUCGGGGACACCAGAGUCGGACCGAGUGACGAGCUAUUGUGGCCUGACAUUCCUUGUAAUUUGAAACUGUUCCAAAGAUUUAUGUGGUUAUUAUACGUGCCGGAUAUCUCUCUGGGAUGUGGCCCUGGAAGACAUGCAAGACGGCUUGCUUCCUUGGAUUCGGUUGUUAUAGCAGCGAGAAGCCAUUCGACAACACACAGGGCGUUCUUCCAUUGUCGCCAAAGAAACAGGGGCUGCAAUUCUUCCUGUACACCCGCAAGAAUCCCGUCCGUGCCCGAAAGCUCAAGUGGAACCAGAAAAGAAUCCAGGGGAAACUCAAUCUCCAACGUGACACAAUUUUCAUCAUUCAUGGUUGGAUGGAUAGUGCCAGAAAUCCAAAGAUCCGCAGACUGAGGAAAACACUUUUACGAUUUAACAAUGUCAAUGUCAUCGCCGUAAACUGGAAACGAGGCGCAGGACACAACCUAUACUACCAAUCAGCCGCCAACACUCGUAUCAUCGCCGCUAUGAUCUCCAAAUUCUUACUGAGACUACAGUACGACCUCAGCUACAGUAUGGAAAAGGUCCAUAUCAUUGGCCACAGUCUUGGUGCUCAAAUGGCUGGCUACAUUGGCACUGAGGUCAAGGGCAUCGGCAGAAUCUCUGGUAUCGAUCCUGCCGGGCCGUCGUUUGAAGGUUACCCCGAAGAGACAGUUCUUGACGCCUCCGAUGCCUUGUUUGUAGAUAUACUACACACAGAUGCACGGGAUCUGUUUGUACUAGGUCAUCCGGGCUUUGGUGCCAAGUCAAGAAUGGGACAUGCAGAUUUUUAUGCCAAUGGCGGCCAUUCCCAACCUGGAUGUCCCUCCACUAUGAAUCAGCAGUUGGGCUUGAUAGUGACCGGAAGUGUUGAUGUAUUUAUGAACAUGGGAUGCAGUCACAUACGGGCAAUGAAUCUGUACAUCGAAUCUGUUAAUAUACGAAAAUGCAAGUAUACAUCGUACAAUUGUACCGCAGGGGACGGACUUGAUGUAGCAGAGGGUUGCAACACGUGUGAAAAUGGGUGUGCACUCAUGGGCUACCAUUCCAACAUUGGGAACCCACGCGGAGUGUUCGUAUUCAAUACAAACGAAAAAGCACCAUUUUGUAUACCUGAAACAGUCAAACUACCUGAAUCAAUAGACAACACAAUUUUAGAGUCCUGACAUUAACUUAUUUAUGUUAUAUUAUAUCAUCAAUUCGUCUAUCGAAACCAAACUCAGCAUUGUUGUAGUGUGUAACUGUCUAUUGUCUUCAUCAACAAAUAUCUCAGCUGAGUGUCCUCUCCAGGGAAGAAAACAGACUGCUCAUAGAAUGUAGGAUAUGUCUAUUACGUCACUAUUUCGUAAUCAUUCAUUAAGGCGUAUGCUACACAGCCAGAUCAUCUUGUCAACAGGAGUGGAAAUCUCGCGCGCGUGUUUGUGAUACAUUUCUAGAUCACGUUUACAUCUACUGUUUACCGUUCAUAUUUUACUUUCAAGUAAUGUGUGUUUAUUGUUAUUACUGAUAUUACGUUAUGUGUGGGGGGUAUGGGUAUGGGUAUGAGUGUGUGUUUAUUGUUAUUACUGAUAUUACGUUAUGUGUGUGGGGGGUAUGGGUAUGAGUGUGUGUUAUGUAUGACUGGUGUAUGUGUGUUACAGAAAGCAAUGAUUAAGGUUAGUAUACAUGUUAUUUAUUAACGUAUGGGAGUGAAAUGAACGUUGGAAUGCUAGACGUGUAUUACUGUUUUUGUUAACGUAUUGUAGCUGGUCAGUAUAUGGUAAAAUCCUAACCAAAAGUCUUUAACUCGUUCACCCCUGAAAUUGCAUAAUGAACUAUUCCAACAUUUUAAUUUGAAAAGUUUAGAUGUAUCUCCAGGGGUGAAUGAGUUAAUAAAUCAGAUCAUUAUAAACCCCAUAUUCAGUGAAAUAACAACCAAAAGGCCUUCAUUUAAGGAGUGCUACAUUCCGUGGGCGACGUUUAUAUUCUGGAAUGACCGGUUGUUAUACACUGUGUCUUAAUUGGCAGACAAAUGAGUAAUUGAUUCCUUUUGGUGCAUGUUUAAAAUGAUAUCCCGAUGUGUACGAUACAGUUUCAAAUACAGGGAGAUAAACAAACAAUCAAAAUAUAACUAUCUUAUUACCUAAUCAAUUCAAAAAUAGAUAUAUCUCCUGUAUGAACGCUUUUGCCAUCCAACAUUUGUCAACAAGUCAACAUAAGACAUUGUACCUGCAAUUGUUAAAUGGGUUAACUAUAAUAUUAUUCGUCUGUGUCGUAUACAUUGUCUCGGCAAAUGAAGGGAUUUGCAAAUGAGCUGAUUGUCCUUAAUUUUAAUGAUCGGACAAAGGCAGCAAAUCAAAAACACCAUCAAUUAAAUAAACAGUUCGACAGACAAUCUGACCAAAUCGUGUUCAGGUGUAAUGAUUUCAUUGAUCCAGUAGACUUAUUUGGUUUAUAACAUUAGGUAACAUUGGUUGUGUGCCAGCCACUUUACGAGUGUGCAUUUGUUAGUACCAAUGUACGUCACAGAAUCAAGCAACUACAAUGCAAACUUGUUAUACAUUAAACUGUACAUUGAUAUACCGGAAUGGCCGGUUCCUCGGUGCAUUGUUAAACAACGGGUAAUGCCGUACAUGAGUUGUUAAUAAAAGUAUUUAUUUGC